UCACAGCCAUUUUGGUUCGAGUCAUUCAUCAAAUGUUAGUCAAGCCCUGUCCCUCGUUUCAUACAAUCAGUGCCCGCUGCUCCGUCAGUACUAAAUAUGGCAGUGAUGGCCUCGUUCGUGUCCGUGGCGGUGUCUAUCCUCUACACGCCGGUUCUGCUGUUGAUUCUCUGUGUGAUCUUCCUGGCUUCCAUCGGCAAAUCUCUCGGCGUGAGACGUCUUUACGUCAAUAUAUUGCUGAAAUUGUUCGAGUAUGGAAGACAGCACAUCGAGGUGGCGAAAAAGUUACAGAGGUCAGAUAGUUCUGAUGAGGAGGAUCAUCCAGGGGCCGGGGAUGAGAAACCGCCUUCCGCCCUCGUCAAGGAGAAUGGAGUCAACGGUACCAAGAUGAGUGUGAUAGAGAGGCAGGAGAUCCUAGGGCCCUCGCCGGAGCUGAACUACAAGAGGAGUCACAGCCAGGAGAGGAUUUCCAACGGAUAUAAGGUCCUUAAAGCGGAGAACGAGCUGGAGUUCCACGUGGACCACUGUAUGGACCUGAUGAAGGCGGGCGUGGAGGCCAUCAUCGAGGACCAGGUCACGUCCGUGUUCGAGGCCGAGGAGCUGCGCAGCUGGAACCUCCUCACCAGGACUAACAGACAGUACGAGUUCCUGACGUGGCGCCUCACCAUCAUCUGGGCGAUGGGCUUCGUGGUGAGGUACCUGUUCCUGCUGCCGCUCAGGAUACUCAUCUUCAUCAUCGGGGUUCUAGCGACCAUAGCCUCCAUGUCCGUCAUCGGAGCCCUGCCGCGGUGCCGGGCGCGGGCCGCCGUGGGCGCGGUCGCCUACAAGAUGGCGAUGAGGAGCCUCGUGCGCUGCGUGUCCUGCGUCACCAACUUCCACGACACCCGGCACCGGCCGCGCCACAACGGGUUCUGUGUGGCCAACCACACCAGCCCCAUCGACGUGGCCGUGCUCAGCGUCAACGACUGCUUCUCCCUGGUGUGGUGGCUGUUGGCGUGCACCGCCGCCGUGGGCUGUCUGCCGGACGGGCGGGUGAAGCAGCGCGUGAACAGUACGCUGUCCCUGAUGUGCUUCAACUUCCUGUCCCGCUGCAUCAGCGCCGUGGUGACCUACCACAGCCCGGAGCUGCGGCCUCGCUCCGGCAUCUGCGUGGCGAACCACACCAGCCCCAUCGACGUGCUGGUGCUCAUGUGUGACAGUCGCUACUCGCUGAUCGGUCAGCGGCACGACGGGUUCCUGGGGAUCCUGCAGCGAGCGCUGGCGCGGGCCUCGCCGCACAUAUGGUUCGAGAGGUCCGAGGUCAAGGACAGACACGCAGUCGCCAGGAGGCUGAAGGAGCACAUCUCUGUGCCGGACAACCCGCCCAUCCUGAUCUUCCCCGAGGGCACGUGCAUCAACAACACGUCCGUGAUGCAGUUCAAGAAGGGCAGCUUCGAGGUCGGCGGCACCAUCUACCCGGUGGCCAUCAAGUACGACCCCCGCUUCGGCGACGCGUUCUGGAACUCGUCCCGCUACGGCAUGCUUCACUACCUGCUGAACAUGAUGAGCUCGUGGGCGAUCGUGUGCGACGUGUGGUACCUGCCGCCCAUGACCAGGGCGGAGAACGAGACGGCCGUGGACUUCGCCAACAGGGUGAAGGGCGCCAUCGCCAGGCGGGGCGGACUCGUCGACCUGAUGUGGGACGGACAGCUGAAGAGGAUGAAGGCCAAGAAGGAGUGGCGCGAGCUGCAGCAGGAGGAGUUCAGCAGGCGGCUCAAGGGAGAGUGACUUGCAACGCCUGCAACACCAGAACCCGCCGGAGCCGCCGGGCGGGCCGGGCGGCGUCACGGAACCCUUCAUGUAAAUCACAAUAAACGAAUAAAUGUAUAAAUGGAUAAAUAAACAAAUAGUCAUGGCGCGGGCCGGCGCGGCUCCCGGGAGAGUCAGCGGCGCCGCUCGGCCCGCGCCAACAUACAUAAUAACUUAGUUCGAUGUAAGUAACGACCGCAUUUAGAGUGUUCGUGUCCCGGGUGUGGCCGCAGCCGUCGCCGGCGGGGGGGGGAGGCGGGAUGUUAGGAUGGCUCAAUUGUGAUGUGACUCUGUGGUGCGCGGUCGGGAGCGUGACGGACGCGACGCGACGCCGCCUGUACAUAGACCUCGUCGACUCUGCGUAUUUAUUUUAUUUAUUCAUCACAAUCGUCGGUCGUGUCGUGUCCGUGUCGCGGUCGUCAGCAUUAAAUGCGAGACGAUUUUAUAGAAAUGUUCGUAAAUUAAUAUCUCGUAGGAAGAUCGGCCUCUAGAAAUAAUAAUAAGGCUAAUACUUAGCUAGGCUCCUUACACACUCGGUGUGCGGCGCCGGUCCGAUGUACAAGGGCGGGCCCGCACUGGACUGUAUAAAUAUAAAGGUUUUAUGAAAGGACUCGCGUUUUGUUUGUGAGAUGUUUGUAAAGUUUCUAUUGUUUUGUACUGAUUAAAUGAAAUCACAUCUCUA